CCCUUUGCAGUAGUGUGGACUGGAGAGUUGUAGACAGAGCCGAGCAGAAGCGUGAACAAACAGAAGUAGUGUCAUAAAGUGAACAUUUGACAUUAUCGCAAAGCAUUUCACUUUUACCGCGUGGACCGUCUUACUGUCAUCAGAGAGGGACGCCGACAGCUUACAACGCGCGCGCGUCAGCUGGCAUGAGCUAACCGACCAGACAUGGAAACCAAACCUUUCUUGUCAUUGGGGUUCCUGAAGCCCCAGUGCUCAAUACCACCACCGCCUCAGAGAGGACGAGCAGAAGCAUGUACGUGUUUCAGCGGAAUGUGUGCUCUUCAUCAACGCAGACUUUCUACAGACUCCUCAGGACAUGUGACGUCCUCUCCUCUCAGCUCGCCCACGUCCCACCGAGGGAUGCAUCCGUCACUGCUCAGCCCGAAUUCUUUAGGCCACUCGGGCUCCCUGCAUUCCCCCAUCAGCACUCUGAGCUCGCCCAUGAAUGGCUUGGGCUCUCCCUUCUCUGUCAUCAGCUCGCCCAUGGGGCCACAUUCCAUGGGGUCACCAGGGAUGGGUUACGGCCACAGCGUCAGCCCACAGAUUUUUCAGCUGAACUCGCCCAUGAACUCUGUCAGCAGCUCAGAGGAUAUCAAGCCGCCCCUGGGCAUCAACGGUGUGAUGAAGGUGCCAGCCCAGCCCUCGUGCACCCCCCUCUCCCUCACCAAACACAUCUGCGCCAUCUGCGGCGACCGCUCCUCAGGUAAACACUACGGUGUGUACAGCUGCGAGGGAUGCAAGGGUUUCUUCAAGAGGACUGUGCGUAAGGACCUGACCUACACUUGUCGAGACAACAAGGACUGUAUCAUCGACAAACGCCAGCGCAACCGUUGUCAGUACUGCCGCUAUCAGAAGUGUUUGGCCAUGGGCAUGAAGAGAGAAGUAUUGUUACAUACAGCCGUCCAGGAGGAACGCCAGCGAGCCAAGGAACGCAAUGAGAACGAGGUGGAGUCAACCAGCAGCGUGAAUGAAGACAUGCCCGUGGAGAAGAUCCUGGAAGCAGAGCUUGCCGUGGAGCCCAAAACAGAGACUUACAUUGAGACCAAUGUACCUAUACCUUCAGAUUCACCCAAUGAUCCAGUCACAAACAUCUGUCAGGCCGCAGACAAGCAGCUCUUCACUCUAGUGGAAUGGGCUAAGAGGAUCCCGCAUUUUUCUGAGCUCCCGCUGGACGACCAGGUCAUUCUUCUAAGAGCAGGAUGGAAUGAGCUCCUCAUUGCGUCAUUUUCGCAUCGUUCGAUAACAGUGAAGGACGGGAUACUGUUGGCCACGGGAUUACACGUGCACCGGAACAGCGCCCACAGUGCCGGAGUAGGAGCCAUAUUUGACAGGGUGCUGACAGAGUUGGUGUCAAAGAUGAGAGACAUGCAGAUGGAUAAAACAGAGCUAGGGUGCCUUCGAGCCAUCGUCCUUUUCAACCCAGACUCCAAAGGCCUGUCGAACCCUGGUGAGGUGGAGGCGCUGAGAGAGAAGGUCUACGCAUCUUUGGAAGCCUACUGCAAACAGAAGUACCCUGACCAACCUGGAAGGUUUGCUAAGCUGUUGCUACGACUCCCAGCCCUGCGUUCCAUUGGACUGAAGUGUUUGGAGCAUCUGUUUUUCUUCAAGCUCAUAGGAGACACACCCAUCGACACCUUCCUCAUGGAGAUGCUAGAGGCGCCCCACCAAAUGACAAUGACAUAACGCCCUCCUGUCACUGGGGGUAACAAGGGUCCACCACCCCAAAGGCCCUGAAGAAACGGAACACAUGACACCAUUUGCCAGAGCAGACGGACUUUAAGAACCACCGCUCAACUCAGUGUUUUCAAUACACAGUCAUGGAGUCCAUGGGUCUGUUUUAUACUUUGUAAAAAGAUAUAAAAUAUAUAUAUAUAUAUAUAUAUUAUGCAUAAGAAAAAAAAAGAUGACAAUGGACUUGAAGCCCAUAGACAAUACUGGACACCGGUGUAUCAAACUAUCCUUCAAUGGAUAAAUAUGAAAAAAACAAAAAUGAAUAUAUUUGAUGGAGAUGCAGUAAUUGCAGGAAUGUCCUGCGCAGGAUCGUGUAUGUUGGGAUAUAAUGGGUCCUAUGGGAAGGAUCCAUGGCUGUAAUCGGCCUCGUGUGGCUGAUGGAUGGGCCGACUUUAGCAGUCUUGCAUUCGGGAUUGAGGCUGGGCUGCCAUGUCUGGGCGCAUGAAGACUUAUGGGAGAUGAUAAUGAUGGCAAUGCGGGGUAAUGAUCUGGGUUUCUAACACAAACAUUGUGUUUUCAGCCCCUGGUGGGAGUUUUUGCGAUUACAAUCCUGCAGCAAUUGCCAUUUUUCUCUCAAGUGGGCUGUUCUUGAUAGAAUGUUCCUGUAAUUACUGUCAUUUAAAAAGUGAGGUUGCUCUAAACGAAGGAUCCAAGGGAGGAAUCACAGGCCAUGUUGGUUCUCCCAGCUCACCCCCAGUGUAAUCAGAUGUGGGUAGUUGACACAAUAAGGACGCAACUUCAGGAUCAGAAAGAAAGGGAUGCCCGAGGUCGCCGCUGUGAGUAGAUUUCUAAGUCUAAUGAGCCACUUUGAGUUUUGGAUUAUGAUCAUUCACACUUUUUCGAUAUGCACUCGAAACAUGAGCUUUUUUUUCAAAAUUCAAUCUGCCUAUUCUCAGAAUAAGGUAAACAAUGGACGCUUAUAGUGGACAUCCUGCCACCUAGAAGUCGCCCACAUGUCCCAAUGUGCGUCUCGUCUGUCUGUAUACGAAUUCACCUCAAGUGUGAACUUGUUCGACACUUGUACAGUUUAUUACAACCAAUUCAGUAUUGGUAUCCAGUUUUUUUUUUUUUUUUAAUGAUUUUUCAAAACGUGUGCCGUUACCUCUUUUUCAGUCACUUUUAUUAAGGUAUAUCGAAUCCUUUGUGUCGCUCAUCCUCUCCUGCAUCCGCCGUUUGCACCAGCCGUCUCAUGCAGUCAAGUCUUGCGAGUGUGUGUUAUCAUUAGGAUGUUUCUAAGCACUUAACCUCAUGUUUCAGAUGUUGUGUUGUUUUGAGAGAAUGGAGUUUUCGGGGCCUUUUUUUUUUUUUUUUUUUUUUUUUUAAGGUUUCAUUUGUUUUCGGGGUCUUUAAUUUGCCGUCUUCAGCAUUUUCUCUCUUUUUUUUCCUGUAUGCUGCUGCUGCUAAACUAUGCAUUUAGCAUUUUUCCCCAAAGACUGUCCAUAGUGAGUUUGUUUUUCAAAUUCUGGCAAUGAAAGACCACAUGUGAACAAGGUUAGACCGCCAGGACCAAGAUUGGGGUCGAGAGAUUUUGCAUAGACAGGAGGAGUGGAGCAGGACUGGUAGGGAAUACUGAGGCAAUGGGAGAGCUGAGACUUCCACCUAGUGGUGGAGAGGCAGCACUGCAACAUUACUUGAAUUUUGUACAAGUAUUUAAUCAGAGGAAAAAAAAGGCACUUUUACGUGAUAUUAUCAAUGUUUGUUUUUGUUUGAGUGCAGUCUUACAAGGGUCUUCAGCAAUAGCAUGAUUUUAGAUCACUCGAGAGGGAGUGAAGCCCAACCCACUUCAGUCAGUGCUGUUUUUUAGGAUGCCUCUCUACGAUUACUUAAUCUUGGCUAAGGAAUUUUAUUGGCUUCACCAGACCUUUUAAUGGAUAAAUAUUUUGGAUUACCAGUAUCUUGAAGCCAUACGCAGGUUUGCGAGAUCAAGAUGAAAAACGUUCUCCUGUAGGAAUUGGAGUAAUGCAGAAGUGAUAACCUUGAUAGAAUUAAUACAUGCUUUAUAACAUAAAGCUAUAUUUUGUCUAUAUGUAAAUGUGUGUAUAUUUCUAAAUAUGAAAGUAUAUAAAUCCAUUCUUUAAAUGUUUCCAGACAAUGUUAGUAAAGAAGCCUAUUGUUUUUCUUAAAUUGACUAAAACCAGGCCUAAUUGCACUGUUAUAUUCUCAGAUACUAGAAAUGUUUGUUUUUUUUAAUUGCUGAAGCUUUUGUGUUCAGCCUUGAAUAACACAAAGAAAGAAAGAAAACAGAAAAUUUUAGACUGAUACCAGCAGUUCAGAGCCCUAAGAAAGAUCAUACACCAGCUCCUUGGUAGAUGAAUACGUUUUUUUUGUUCACGUAAAACCUCAAGCAAAUGUCUGGAAUGAAAUGAUUUAAAGAAACCUAUUGUUUAGCCACUUUUUUUCCCCGUUUAAAUGAGCGAGGAUAAACUUUGACCCAAUCACAGCUUCAGUCAUCACAGAGACAGGACCUUUAAAAAAAAUAUUAUUAUUAAAAAAUACAUUGCAGGGGGGGAAAAAUCUAUUUUUGUACAAAUGUAAUUUUAUUCCUCGCUUAUAUAUCCUCCCUUCCUUUCCUCUUUCUGUGGGCUGUUGUAUACGUUGUAUAAAUGUUGAUUUGAAGUAGGAAAAUUCAAAUCGGAGCAUUUUAAAGUGGAGUAUGUAAGGGGUGACGUUAACUCUCGACACCUUCGCUCUUUUCCGCCUUUUGGUUUCCUUCUUUUGCCAUCUCAAAGAGAAGGAUUGUCCUCUCAUAUUUUGUCUUAUUUUUAAGAAAAUGAAAAAAAGUCAUCUGUUCUACUUUGUGAGUUGUUCUUUGAUGUUUUGUCUUUCAAUCAAAUUAAACAUCUAAUUAAAAAUGA